AUGGAGCCUCCGGUCUUGCUGCUGGUGCAGCACGCGCUGCCCCCGCGUCUCCAGGCCAUCUCGCAGGUCGGCCAGCUCGUGAACGAGUUCGUCCUGCCGUCGACCAUCGACGCCGCCGUGUACAACGACCUGCCGUGCGUGCUCAGAGCGUUCGAGGGGUUCCGCCCCUACACCGUCGGCGCCAUGAACGGAGCUGCGGCGAGAGGACGCCUCGACAUCCUCAAGAGGCUGCGCGCCGAGAGACGCGAGGGCUGCACCUCGGUUGCAUUCCUCGACGCGGCGUCUAACGGCCAUGAUGGGGUGCUCAUGUGGCUCCACAUCUACUACCCAAGGCUGCAGCGGCUGCUGCCCGAGCUCACGGCAGCCGCGAAGUACGGCCACGCCUCCAUUGUCGAAUUCGUGCUGAGGUUCAUGCGUCCAAACCGCUCCGAGUUGGAGCGCUUGCUCGAGAUAGCCGCUGCUAACGGCCACCUCGAAGUCGUUCGGUUCUUGCGG